GGUUUUUCCGAAGCCUAAACAAAUCGUUUCGUGUUUGUUUGUAGUUUGUUGCUAUUAUUAAAUAAUCUGCUUUCCGUAUAUUGGCAGAUGGAGAAGAAAAAGAAAUUUAACAUUAAUCUGGACGAUUCUGUUUUUACCAAAGAAAGACCUCCGGUGAAGCCUUUGUUUAAACCGUCGACCAAAAGUAGUGAAGGAAACCCAUCAUCAUGUGAGUCAGAAACACAGCCUGCACCCCAUCCUGCUGGCCAGCCGCUGUCUUAUGCUGAGUUUAUUGUCCAGAGUAAAAGCCAUGCUCCUCAGCAAAAUGCUCCGCUUGCUCAGAGAGCGGGUCUAGCAAGGCCAUGUUCAGGGGGAGAGGUGGCUAGAGUGGGACCAACUGAACAGGUUGCUGCAGGAGGAUCAGGAGCUCAGGGGUGUUCCACAGGAACGCUUAAGCCCCAGAAUGAGACGACCGGAACGGACACUUCAAGCUGCGGCCCCCCAGCUCCUCCUCAGGUGGAGGCUGUACAAGGAGAGGAGCAACAAGGGGCUGGUCAGAGGUCAGACGUAGGCUCCAACAGCGCCCCCAAACCGGCCGGCACAGGGAACAGCAUCAUUGUUAGUCCCAGGCAGAGAGGUAACCCCAUCCUGAAGUUUGUGAGGAGUGUGCCGUGGGAGUUUGGCGAUGUGGUCCCAGAUUAUGUCCUAGGGCAGACGACGUGUGCCCUCUUCCUCAGUCUGAGAUACCACAACCUGAACCCCAACUACAUCCAUGACCGUCUGAAGCAGCUGGGCCAAACCUUCACUCUGAGGGUCCUAUUGGUGCAGGUUGACGUGAAAGACCCCCACCAUGCCCUGAGGGAGCUGGCUCGUAUCUGCAUCAUGGCAGACUGCACACUCAUCCUGGCCUGGAGCCCGGAGGAGGCAGGACGCUACCUGGAAACAUAUAAAUCCUAUGAGAAGAAGCCUGCAGACCUGUUGAAGGAACAAGUAGAGAAGGACUACCUGUCUAAGGUGACUGACUGUCUGACUACGGUGAAGUCAGUCAACAAGACAGACGCCAUGACCCUUCUGUCCACAUUUUCAUCUCUGGAGGGGGUAAUAAAUGCCUCUAAAGAGGAACUUACACUCUGUCCAGGAUUAGGUCCGCAGAAGGCAAGACGGCUGUACGAUGUGCUUCAUCAGCCCUUCCUAAAGUCCAGGAAGAAAGUGAACACGUAGGGCUAGCAGUGACUGGGUCUCACUGCCCACUAUAGCACUUGGCCAAAGAAAUUCCUGCCACUGCUGUCUUCACUCAAGCUCUACCCGUCAGCAGACUGUGGAAAUGAGUGGUGAUUUCACACACUGGAAAUGGAUGGCUUCAGUGAAGCUGUGGUGUCUGGUAUCGGGACUUCAAAGCUGAAUACUCUGUGACCUGUGACUAAAUUGUCUGUGCAAUUAUUUUCUACACAAAACUACAGUAAUCUUACUUUUGAACAAGUACAGUUUAAUGCCAGAUUGGCAUUGUGCUGAUUUAUCAAGUCCAAUUAGAUUAACAGGAGGUCAGCAGUGUAAAUAACACCAUAGUUGUGUAGCGUUUGUCUGAGGAAGUAAGAUUUUGUGACAUUGUGUGAUGUCGUUUGUAUGUAGCUGAGUGUACAGUCCCAUUCUGUGUGUAAUUUUGAAAGUAUGUCUAA